GACAAACAGCAAAGCCCGCUCGCCUACCUGACCACCCGAGAAUUCUACAUCACCCUCCUCCUGGGUCAAAUCCUCGCCAUCACCAACACAGCGUGCAGCACUUUCAGCACCCUCCUAGCCGACCGAGGCGUCUCCCUGCCGGCCACGCAGACCUUCUUCAACUACCUCCUGCUGACCGUGAUCUUCACCUCCUACACAAUCCACCGCCACGGGCUCCAGGGCUGGACCCAGAGCUUCUUGUCUCGCGGUUGGAAAUACCUCCUCCUCUCCCUCUUCGACGUAGAAGGCAACUACUUCCUCGUCCUGGCCUACCGCAACACGACCCUCCUCAGCGCCCAACUCAUCAAUUUCUGGGCCAUCGCCAUCGUGGUCCUAAUCUCCUCGACCGUCCUGGGCGUGCACUACCACCGACCCCAACUCCUCGGGAUCUCCAUCUGCAUAACGGGGAUGCUCCUCCUCCUCUUCUCCGACCGCACCCCACCCGCCUCCGCUCACAACAAACUGCUCGGCGACCUCUCCGCCCUAACCGGCGCAACCAGCUACGGCCUCGCCAAUGUCCUCGAAGAAGUGCUGGUGACCACCGCCCCGAUCGCUGAGGUGCUCGGCCAGAUGGCGCUGUGCGGGGCGUGCAUCACCGCGCUGCAGGCCCUGGCGCUGGGGGAGCUGUCCGCCCUCCUCCGCAGCAGCACUGUGUGGGAUGCAAGGGUCCUGGGGUGGUGGGCCGCGUACACGCUCUGCCUCGCCGCGUUUUAUUGUCUGGUGCCGCUGCUGCUGCGGCGCGCGUCCGCCGCGUUCUUCAACCUGUCCAUGCUGACGAUGAACUGCUGGGGGGUCGGGGUCGGCGUGCUGCUUUUCCGGUAUCAGGUCGGCUGGGCGUAUCCCGUGGCGUUCGCGUUGAUUGUCGCCGGCCAGGGGGUGUAUUUUCUCGGUGCUGCCCCGGUAUCCGGCGGCGGUGCGGGCGGGGGCGAGAAGAAGCCUUGGGUG